GCCGUGAGCUAUACCGAACCCAUCUACCGAAUACCUGGGCGGACGAAGCUGCGGCUGAGGAAUACAGCAGUGCAAUGACAUCAGCCGUGCGGCCUUCUUGCCGGAGAUGAUCUUUUUCUCAAGUGGUUAUAUUGUGUCGCAAGUCUCUCCUGUUUUUCUCAUUGUCGCGAUUUAUCAUAUUCGAAUCAAUUCACAACAUGAGUCCUCAAGCAUCAUUCACAGACAAGCUCGCUCUUGGCGAGGCGAAGAGAGGAGAGAACAAGCGCAGAGUCAUUGUCACUGGUGGUAGUGGCAAGCUCGGUCGCUCAACAGUCAGAUAUCUCGCUGAUGAGGGCUGGGAGGUCAUCUCAGUCGACACUCGUCGCCCCCCUGGUAUCAGUGAGGAUGGCAAGUCUGGUCUCGGUGGCGCAUACCGUCUCGUCGAGAUCGAUCUCGAGGACAUGGGUGCUGUGUUGGAGACCUUCUUGACAACUGACAUGGCAUACAGCGGUAUUGACGCCGUCGUCCACUUGGCAGCCAUCCCCUCCCCCGGACAGACCAACAGCUCAAGACAAUUCCGCACCAACACAAUGAGCACCUACAACGUCCUCGAAGCCUGCCGCAAGCUCAAGAUCAAGAACGUCGUCCUCGCAUCCUCAGAAACCCUCAUCGGCAUCCCCUUCGACCCCCACAUGCCCGAGUCCCUGCCCAUCACAGAAGAGCACGAAAGAAAACCAGAGUCAGCCUACUCACUGUCAAAACUGGUCGGCGAAACCAUGGCUGAACAGUACGCCCGCUGGGACCCCGAAGUCAAGAUCAUCUCAUUGAGAUUCAGCAACGUCAUGCUGCCGGAAGAAUACAAGACCUUCGAGGCAUGGCAGGAUGACCCUAUGAAGCGUUACUGGAACUGCUGGGGUUACAUUGACGCCAGAGAUGGUGGUCAGGCGGUUUCGAAGUCUUUGGACAGCAAGACAAAGGGUCAUCAUCAGUACUUGAUCGCUGCAGAGGACACCUGCAUGAGACAAUCGAAUGACGAGCUCGUCAAGAAGGCUUUCCCAGGUGUCAAGUACAAUACUACUUCUGGGCCCAAUGAUACUCUGCUGUCGAUUGAAAAGGCAAAGAAGGAGAUUGGUUUCAAGCCUGCAUUCAAGUGGCAGGACCAGUUGUAGAGAUGUAUGAAUGACGUAGUAAUGGAUUACAGCAAUGCAAUCUCUAUUUACGCUU